UGGCUGCAAGGCUCGCAUUACCAUGCCAUGGGCCUGACAUUCAUUACCAAGUCCAAGUAACACAAUGCUUUGGAGUCAUCGCUGCGCUCCCUCUUCUAGGGAUGUCGUUCGCUUUUGCUCGCAGAGCCUGCGCUCGCCACGCUUCGUCCGGCCACAAUCUUCACCCCUGCUAGUCAGGUACCUUGCGACGCAACCCGAGACAUCCAGCGUCGGUGGAAGUUCUCGCCAGGAAUCGCUGUCUGUGCCUGCUUUGGCUAGGUUUAACGAAAUCGGAGUCCAACAACUGAGCGACCAUGUCUACUCUCAAAUAUUCCCCCAAAGGUCGAGCCCACCGGACCCCGCACUAGUCGCAUUGUCGAAGGAACAUCUGUCGCGCCAUGAUUUACUUGGGAAGUCCCAAGAGGCCGCAGAGCCGGUCGCCUUCGACUUGCCCAGCCUGCAAGGGCAGACCCUGGAUGAACAUUUCUUCAAGCUGGGGAUGGACUCAUCCGAACCGUACCUCACGUAUGCGAAAAAAUACAUCGCGGUGAACUCGCCUGAGAUGCCGCGCAAAUGGGUGAAACGCAGCGGGUGGACCAAAUACAACCCCGACGGCUCGUCGGAACCGGUCGAUGCCCCGAACGAGAGUAUGCUGACCUUUGAUACUGAGGUCAUGUACAAGGAACACGCCUUUGCUGUAAUGGCUUGUGCUGUUAGCCCUACGGCUUGGUAUGCCUGGAUAUCCCCCUGGCUUCUGGGAGAGACCGAGAAUGAGGUCCAACUUGUUCCACUGGGGGAUCCAUCGCAGCCGCGGAUCAUCGUGGGGCACAACAUCGGCUACGACCGAGCUCGUGUUCGCGAGGAGUACGAUAUGGCCCAGUCUUGUAAUUUUUUCCUCGAUACGAUGUCUCUCCACGUGGCAGUAAACGGCAUGUGCUCGCAACAAAGGCCCACCUGGAUGCGGCACCAGAAGAACAAAGACAUGCGGAAUAAGAUCGCCAGCGAGAAUAGCUCCGUCGAGCUUGCGGCCUUGCUGGAAAACAAACUGCUCAGUGACGAAGAGGAGGAGUUAUGGGUGGGUCGGAGCUCUGUAAACUCACUUCGCGAUGUUGCCAAGUUCCAUUGUGAUGUCACGAUUGACAAGGCAAAACGCGACUACUUUGGUGAACUGGGCAGGGACGAGAUAGUAGCAAAGUUGGACGAAUUACUUGAUUAUUGUGCGGCGGAUGUUGCAAUCACGCACCGCGUGUACAAGAAGGUCUUCCCCAACUUCCUCGAAGUCUGCCCACACCCUGUCAGCUUUGGGGCCCUCAGGCACCUUUCCUCUGUCAUCUUGCCUGUCAACAAGACAUGGAAAGAGUAUAUCACCAACGCAGAGGCGACAUACAAUCACCGAUUAGAGGAUGUUAAGCGGAAACUGAUCGAACUGUGCGACGAGGCUCUGAAGGUUAAAGAUUCCCCCGAAAUCUACACGAAUGACCCCUGGUUACGGCAGCUGGACUGGUCUGGCCAGGAAGUGAAGAUGGUCAAGGGCAAAAAGAAGAAUGAUCCGCCACGACCCGCCGCCAGACAGAAAAAGCCGGGCAUGCCGAAAUGGUAUAAGGAUCUCUUUCCUACCAGCAACUCGGAAAUCAAUCUGACGGUGCGAACUCGUAUCGCGCCUAUCCUCCUCAAGCUGUCUUGGGACAAUCACCCUUUGACAUGGUCGGAUAAGUUCGGAUGGACGUUCAAAGUUCCGCGCGAGCUCGUCAAGAAUUACGAGAACCAGCCCGUGGUGCGAUGCGAUAUGUCCGAAGAUAAGAAUGCCGAGCUGCAGAAUGACCGGAAGCAUGUGUUUUUCAAGCUCCCACACAAGGACGGGCCUCAGGCACGGUGCGUGAACCCCCUAGCGAAAGGGUAUAUGCAGUAUUUUGAACGAGGAACUCUUUCUUCCAAAUAUGCCCUCGCCAAAGAGGCUCUGGAGAUGAACGCGUCGUGCUCUUAUUGGAUCAGUGCCCGGGACCGUAUCAUGGGUCAGAUCGUUGUCUACGAGGAUCAAGUGCGAGGCGUGCAAUCGACUAAAAAUGCGGAUAAUCGGGUGGGAUUUAUUCUCCCCCAAAUCAUUCCUAUGGGCACCAUUACUCGGAGAGCAGUGGAAAACACCUGGCUGACGGCCAGUAACGCGAAAGGGAAUCGCGUCGGGUCCGAGCUGAAGGCAAUGAUCAAGGCUCCGCCGGGCUACGUGUUUGUUGGUGCAGACGUCGACUCCCAGGAGCUGUGGAUAGCUAGUCUUGUGGGCGAUGCCCAGUUCCAAAUCCACGGUGGCAACGCCAUUGGGUUCAUGACUCUGGAAGGAUCCAAAGCGGCAGGAACUGAUAUGCACUCGCGGACUGCCCAAAUCUUGGGUAUCUCGCGCAAUGACGCCAAGGUGUUUAACUAUGGACGUAUCUAUGGAGCUGGCGUCAAGUUCGCGGCUACUUUGCUACGUCAGUUUAAUCCGUCCAUGACGGAGAAUCAGACGCAGGAAGUUGCCACCAAACUAUACAAGGAAACGAAAGGCACUCGCACGACCCGUCGUCUCCUAAGUGAAGGUCCAUUCUGGAGGGGUGGCACUGAAUCAUUCGUCUUCAACAAGCUCGAAGAAUUUGCCGAUCAGGAAAGGCCACGAACCCCGGUUCUCGGCGCAGGGAUCACCGAAGCGUUGAUGCGGCGCUUCAUCAACAAAGGCAGCUUUAUGACGUCCCGGAUUAACUGGGCAAUCCAGUCGUCGGGUGUGGAUUAUCUCCACCUCCUCAUUGUCGCCAUGGACUACCUUAUCCGACGCUUCAACCUGGCUGCCCGUCUGGCAAUCACCGUGCACGAUGAGAUCCGAUACCUUGUUAAAGAGGAGGACAAGUAUCGCGCUACCCUCGCUCUGCAGGUUGCCAACGUGUGGACGCGAGCAAUGUUUUCGCAGCAGGUCGGAAUAAACGAUCUGCCUCAGUCCUGCGCCUACUUUUCGGCCGUGGACAUCGACCAUGUGCUGCGGAAGGAGGUGGACAUGGACUGUGUGACUCCGUCGCACCCUCACAAAAUUCCCCACGGCGAAAGCCUAGAUAUUGCCCAACUCCUGGACAAGAACGAAAAAGCGUUCCUCGACCCAUCCAUCACUCCGCACUCGCCCCCGUCCCCCCAGAAAUACACCUACACCCCCCGCCCAUCCGUCAUGUCCGCACUCCCCGAAUCGAACGAUCCGUCGUACAUCAGAGCCCAGAUCACCAAGGAUGACGCGGAGUUGCGAGACAUCAUCAGAGAACUCACCAAAGCGAAGACUGCAGCGCAGCCAAAUGCGCGUGCAUCGAGUACACGUGCCAAAACAAACAGCCCCAUGGCCGCCGGGCCCCAGAAAGCCAUCUUGAUGGAUAUCGGGCCCACCAUCUACCCGGAUUUCAAAAGCCUUCCGCAGGGGAGCAGGUCUCCCCAUGUUGGCUUCAACCGUCAAACCUGGAAGCCCAGGCCGGCUGCCCGCGCCUAA